AUAGUACAAAUUUUGUGAUUGUGCUUACAUUAAAAGAGCAAUUAACAGAAUCACAACAAUCAUGAAAGAACAUGAGACAAAAGCUAAUUCAUGAAAAAGACAAAUCAACUCAUCAAACUUGUGGAAACGUAGUAAUAAACGUAUGAAUAAACAAUGUCCUUAACUCUAAUUAUUCAAAUCAAUAUGACUUUUGGAAAAAAUAUCUCAAGUCUUACGGACCAUUUGUCAACCGAAUGCACUAGAAUUUAUCUGACACUUGUGAAUAAUUAUGGUCUCUAGUUCUUAUUUUACUCCAUCACCAAUAGUUCGAAGUAAAAGUUCAAUGAAUAUUUUGACAUCACCAAAUAAAAACAAUGAAAAAUCUCGUGGUUUAACACGAAUAUGGCCUUGUAAUGUUCAAUUGUCUAGAUAUCAAUCAUUAGAACAUCCUAGUAAUUAUUAUAAUUAUGCAAGAAAAUGCAUUUAUCCACGCCAUAGUGAAACAAUGUGGAAUUUAGUUAAUAAAGCUGCUUUGCAAAAUGCUGCUCAUGAACGAGCUGAAGCAGAAGAAUUACGACUACAAUCAUGGCAAAAGAUUCAACAAGUUAAUAGACAAACUAAAAUCAGACAAGCUGAAGCAACAAAUAAACUACGAGAAAGAGUGGAAGAAAUAAACCAUUGGAAAAAUGAACUGAAGACGGAAAUUCAUUUAAAUGAAGAAGAACAAGAGAGAUUGAAAGAAGUUCAAACUGUCAACAAAGGAAUUGAUUUAAUUACUAAACUUAUUGAUAAAGCAGAAAUUCAACUAAAACUUUUACGCUCAACUCAGAAUGAACUACAAAAGGAUGCUGUUGAUAAAGAUCACGCCCAAACAAUCGAUGAUCGCUUGCAUGGUCUCUGCAACUCAUCAGCAAAUAUUGCUCUUUACAAUGGGAUUGAAUAUUUCGAUAAUACUCGGAGUAUCCCAAUUUCAUGGAUGAGGUACACUCAAGAAAAUUUAAUUAGAUCACAAAAUCAACGUAGUGCAUCUGAAAAUCUACGUGAAAAAAUUGAUUCUGCCUUAAGAUCCUUAAUUGGUAGUGUACAUGGUCAAUUUGUUACGGUAAAUAAUGCACUACAAACAAGAAUAAAUGAAGUUGCCAACGCAAGAGAUAAUCUUCGCUUAUCCUUGAGAAAAGUUACACAGGAAUUAUAUGAGGUGGAAAACUUAAUAGGAGUACUUAAAAAGACGACCGAUGACAAAAUCCAACCACUGAAAGUUGCACAAACCAGAUUAAAAGAAAGAACUCGAAGGAUCGAUGUGGAGAGUUGUUACGAUCAACCAAUGAAAACGCUUCAGACUGAAGUUUUGGAACUUAGAAAAACAAUCGAAGAACUUAAAAACAACCGCAGGAAUGCAAACAUCACAUUAGGUAGAUUGCAAAAGAGUCGGACUUCCCUUGAACAAGAAAUAGAAACCAAAGAAAAUUCACUAUCUAUUGAUCAAAGGUGUUUAAGUAUGCGAAAAAGUUUUCCUAUCAAAGAUAAAUACGGAUCAUUAUACGCUAUUCCGGUUAGCUAUUAGAACGAAAAUUUUCAGUAAAUUAUUAUGAAAUGACAAUAUCAACAAUUAAUUUAUGUGGAAUUCUUAGCCUUUCCCAUAGUCAUCUAUUUAACAACUUGAUAUUCAUCAAUCACUUUCCACCUAAGUUAUUAUUAAGCUCAAUACAGACAGGUCAUUAUUUACCAAGCUUUAGUUACCAGACGUAUGGAUGCAUAGAAAAAGAUGAAGAGAUAUGUUUUGUCAAUUCCCGCAAUUACUUUAGAAACCUGUAUAUUCGCGACAAAUCAAAGAUUGAGGUGAGUAGAUAAUCCGCAACAGAAAGAAUGGGAUGAACCGGAAAAAAAG